AUGAACUACAAUAACGAACUCGAGAUGUAUAAGAAGGGCAGUGUUGUCUACCGCCAGUAUGAAUUGCAGGACCCCAGUUCAGUGCAGACAUCUGCCGACGAUAACGGCAGUAGUGGUGCCUCCUCGGCGGUGCCAGGGUCUAAACCAUCGAGGUCACAGCAGGAUAAGCUGCGGAAAUUGCGCCGCAAAGCUAGGGUUGUGGUUGAUCAUGUUGAUAUCAUUAAGGAUGAGUUCUGGGAUAGGAGGCCGUGGAUUCUGUCCAAUUCGCCGGGGAAAUUGCCUGCUGAGCAGUGA